AUGUUAUUGUGGUUAAAACAGUGUCAUUUAUCCAACACGCAAAAAUCUGAAACCAAACCUUUUUUUACAACUCUGUUUGCUUGGAGACCUGACGCAUUAGAGAUUGACAAAUCAGAAUAUACUGAUCAGAUCACUCUAAAAAAAUAUUUUAUUAAUCAAGGGAAACGAGUUGCAAUAAUUAUAUUAAAAUAUUUGGUUUUUGAUUUUAUAUGCGAAUGGGCUGAAGCUUACCAACCAAUUAUCCCAGAUAAAUUUUAUAUCCUUCGAUUUAUUGACUAUUUUUUGACAGGAAAAAAAUUUAUUACACCAUUUUAUUUAUUUUAUCAUUAUGCCUUGGCAGUAAUGUUGUAUAUUUAUAUAUCUUUGUUUUAUGAUGUUUUUGUGUUUGUUUAUGGACUAUUAUUGCUCCCGCUACUUCAAAACAAUCAACCUGCUCAGGACUCAACCGAUAAAGACACCGAAUCUCAAUAUCAAUUUCAACUCUUUACACCAUCAACAAUAGAAGACAUUAAAAAGUGGUUGAUCAUUUUAUUAUUCUAUACGAAAGAUCCAAUGAAUUUACCUUUCAUGUCAACUGGUCCGCGAGAUUUUUGGUCGAAGCGUUGGCAUUCUGUACUUAAAGAAAUUUUUCUAUAUCUAGGUUAUGUUCCCACCAAAAAUCUUUUUGGUAGUUAUAAAAAAAUUGGAAAUAUUUUUGGAAUAUUCUCAGCUUUUUUUGUUAGUGGAAUAUUGCAUGAGUAUAUAGUUUAUUGUAUGUGGGGUAAGAGACCAGGCGAGCAGAUGAUUUUCUUUUUGUUUCAUGGUUUAUUGUUUAUUCUUUGGGAAAUUGUUGAAAAUUUAUUAGUUGGAGAUAGAACAGCCAUGCAUGAAGUAGAAAAUAGUUGGGGAAG